UCAACUUGGGCGAAAAUGACCUGUUUCUUGUCAGCAGCUCCAAAGAUGGUACAAAACUACAAACAGACGUCCGGCGCCUGCUCGCCAACCAACACAGAAGAAUUACUCACACCAGCACACGAGGAGAACGUGCGCUUCAUUCAUUACACCUGGCAGUGUGUGAUGAGAGAGAUGCAGUCUUUCCAGGGAAGUGAAAACAGCAAUAAAGGACCCCAGAAAUAUGUGGAGAGGACACCGAACCCCAACCUGAGCUCGUUCACACCAGUGGACUUAAACGACGUCAGGAGGCGGAACACGCAGGACUCCAAAAAGUCUUAGU